GUCGAAAGCCUCACACACCUUCUUGAUCACCCGAGAGAGAAAGAGGAAGAGUAUUAUAGAGAGAGAAAGUGCUAGAGAGAGAAACAGAGAGAGGAAGAUCUGAAACCCUAAUAAACCCUAUUCAUUCAUCGAUUUCCUCUCGUUUUCCCACACUCUCUUGUGCUUUUCCACCGUUAAUUCUUCCUCGUUUUCUCGGGAAAGUUUCCAGAUCCUCAUAAGUAAGAUUCAGCCAUGGUUUUCUGGGUUUUUGGAUAUGGUUCACUGGUGUGGAACCCAGGAUUUGAGUAUGAUGAGAAGGUUAUUGGUUACAUAAAGGAUUACAGACGUGUGUUUGAUUUAGCGUGCAUUGAUCACAGAGGUACACCUGAACACCCUGCUAGAACUUGCACAUUGGAGGAGAAAGAAGGAGAAAUUUGCUGGGGAGCAGUUUAUUGUGUUCGAGGAGGCCCUGAGAAGGAAAAAUUGGUUAUGCAGUAUUUGGAGCGACGAGAAUGUGAGUAUGAUCAUAAGACUCUGGUAGACUUCUACAAGGAAGGAGAUUCAUCACACCCUGCUCUUACUGGAGUCAUAGUAUUCACAUCUACUCCAGACAAAGUUAACAACAAAUACUACCUGGGACCUGCUCCACUGGAUGUCAUGGCUAGGCAAAUAGCAACUGCUCAUGGCCCUUGUGGAAACAACAGGGACUACCUUUUCCUUCUUGAAAAGGCCAUGCAUAAUAUUGGCCAUGAGGACGAUAUGGUGAUAGAACUUGCCCAUGAAGUGAGGAAAGUACUUGGAGUGGGGAAUGUACUUCCAAACGACAAAAAAUUGUCCGGACCAGUGCAAAUUCAACACUCUCCUCAUGCACCCAUCCCAGCCCUUCAAUUGCUCCCAAUGCCGGAACCUAUUGCUUUGGAUAGUUGAGACUUGAGAGGCUAAGAUGACUGGAAUCUGAUGCAGACUUUGACAACUAAACUGUUUCACUGUGGAACCUGCUAACCCAUUCAUUACUUGAAUAAAAACAUAGAUGUUUCACUACCCCUAGUUUUGACGGCUUUGUCAGUCAUUCCCUGAGAUGUUACUUAGCUUCAGUGAGAGAAACGAUGUAUUGAGUUGGAAUGUAUGCUGAUAUUUUACACCAUAGAAGUUAAAAAUGUUGGUUCUUUCUAUCUAGUUAACAGCAAUGCAACUGAAUUGCGCAACACAUACUUUUGUUGAGUAAAUUUUAAGUUGUUCUUUC